GCUAUAAACGUGAAUGAGCCCCUCGGAUAUAGACUACACCAGCCAGCUGUAUUAUAGCCAGAAUUAUAACCACAGCUCUAUCUCAUCGGGGAAGGCGUGUCACUCCCCGAAUUACUCAGCGCCCCUUUGUCCUCGGUGGAUGCCCAGCCCGCGACACUCAUGGCGGCAGCACCCGUCAAGAAUCGCUCCGGGCCAGGGGGACCCCGGGCUCAGCUCCCGCCCUGUUAUUAUGAAGGCUACCUAGAGAAGCGUGGACCGAAAGAGAAGGCAUCCAAGCGUCUGUGGACCUGUCUGUGUGGAAACACUCUGUAUUUCUUCAAUAAUGCCAAGGACACUCAUUAUGUUGAGAAGCUGGACCUUGGUGGAUUUGUGUCUCUGAAGGAUGACUGCGGUCGUGACAGAAAUCUGGAGGCAGCUCGUCUCAUCCUGAGGAUGAAGGAUGGGGAGACCAAACUUACUGCCCCUAAUUUGGAAUCUAGAGAGCUAUGGAAAGGAUUCCUCUACUCUGUUAUAGAUUUGAAUGUACCAUCUUGUCUAACAUUGCUACCUGGUCAGUUGCAAAUGCUUAAAGAAGUUGUGGAGAAAGAAAGAUCCAGACGUAGAACUCGUACUCCAACGCGAGCUCCUCCAUCACCGCUCUCAGUGCCUUUAGUUGGGGAGAUCCCAGCGUGCUUUCGACCAGUUUCUCGAACAGAGGCAGAAGUGCUUUUGGAAAGACACCCUGAUUGUGGUAACAUGUUACUGCGUCCAGGCAGAGAUGGAUGCUCACUGGCUGUCACGACACGCCAAGACCUUAAUGGGUCAGUCUUCAGACAUUAUCGAGUGACUCAGAGGGAUCAAGGUGGAUAUGUCAUUGAUGUGGAAAAUCCAAUUCCAUGUGCUACUCUACAUGAAGUCAUUGAUGCACUGGUUGAAAAAACUGCUGGAACACUGCAACCUUUCUUACUUGAAGAGCCUUAUGAAGAAAAUAUCACAUAUGUUACGGCCAAUGAUGAGAAUGGAGAGCACAUGCUGCACACAGCUCCUACGAGUCCUCUGCCAAGAGCUCCUGCUCUGCCUCCAAAACAAGAUCGCUGGUGUACGAGCCCCCUGUCCCGAUCACCUGCUCCAGACCGGCGGAUUCUGACAUCGCCUGUGCCAUCUUCUCCCACCAACCCAAUGAGACGACUCGUCCUCUCUCCGUCUCCUCUCACCCAGUCUCUCAACGAGGAGCUGAAAAUAAAGCUGGAGAAAAGACGCGCCAGUCAAGACUGAUAUACUUCAGUGUCAGUUUAAGUACUGCAUUAAUGACUCUUGGACAUCAAGAUUGUUCAGAUCAGUGUUGAAUCUGUUUUCAUGCGGAUUGCUCUGAAUGUGAUUUUUUUCAUUCAUGUUGCACUUAUAUUAUGAACUCAAGUGAAAUGGUCAACAUUUUGGUUUGUCUGCAAGCAAGAAGUGCUACUCUUGAAAAAUCUUUGCAACAACCUUUUAGAAAACAUAUCAGAGUCCAAGAAACUGACGAAUAGACCCAUGGACCCCUGACUGAGCCUUUUUUUGUCCAGAUGCAUUCAUUCAAGACUGUGAGCCGAAUUUACGGAUUUAUCUUGUAGCUUACAUGACAAACAUUUUAUAUUCCAACCAGUAACUUGCAGAGUUUGUCUGCUCAGAUUUAUUGCAUUAUUGUUUGUGACUGAUAAUGUUACCACUGCACUCAAAGUGGUAACUUUAAAGACUUGUUUACAGCGUCAUGCUACUGUAGGUGCUUCUUUGUUGGGAUUCUCUUUCCUAUAUUACCACUUCAUGCUGCUUUGUUGACCAGUCCUCCCAACCAGUCUUUAUAGGAGUCAUUGUACUGAAUGUGAUGGCGCCCUCCAGUGGGUUACUGUUGUAAAAUCUGAUUCAUAGAGGGACGAUGGAAGUUGUAUCAUUAUUGGCACACACGGUGCACACAAAAAAGAACAAAGCAGCCUACUUUUUCAUUUUUACACGGAUUUCCAUUAUACCAUUGCAGAAUUAAUAUGGUAAUCUUUCCUAUAUCAAAGAGCAGCUUUUGUUUACUCUAGCCUUGUAGGCAAACAAUCUGUUCAUAGGUUUCUUCAUCAUGGUCAACUUGAGUUAUAAGUGAUAGAUACAGUGAUCACGUAUCUUUGUAUUUUUAUCACAAACUAUUAUAUGGUACAUGACAUAUGGUUAAAUCACCAUAUAGAGACUGGAGGGAUGUGUAAAGAAUGGGCAUUGUAGCAUGGACCUAUUCGACUGGCCUCACUUAUUGCAAUGUUUUGGCAAUGGCCAUACAAUGAUUUUUGAUUAGACUCUUAUGUAUUAUGCAUUUUUUGGUAUUUAUUUAUUUAUUAUUUUAAUAUUUUUAUGUGUCCUUGCCUUCUACUUUAAAUAAAUUAGGCAACAAAUUCCCAC